AGAGGUGGGCCUAGUUGCCCCGGGAGAUGGGCCGGGGAGGGGGUCCCCGUGGCCCUAUAAGAGGGUCUUCUGGGGCAAAGGGAGGCCAGACGCAAGCCAAGCAUUGCCCCAGCACCCUCCAGCUUGGAGCCCAAAGAAACAGCCCUGGUCACUUUGGUCAAGGAUGAGGACAGUCAUCUUCCUGUUUGUGGUCCUUCUACCAGCGGCCUCCCUGACCCCAGUCCACUCGCCCCAGGCUUUCUUAGAGAUCCUGGGGGAAGAUCUGGAAGCGCUGCUCUCAGAACGCGAUGGGGACCCCCUUUUGCUCCCCCAGGACUCCUUGACCCGGCUCUUGGGCAAACAGCGGCCCUUCCUCCGUGGGACCCCCUCCGGCCUCCCAUCGGCGUCUCCUCCAGAUGAGGCCUGGAUCCACGUCCUGCGCGACCUCCUCAACACCCAGAAAAAAUUUCGGGGCCGCACCAAGAAGAUGAUGAUGGGCCAGCAGGGCUGCUUUGGGAUCAAACUGGACCGAAUCGGGACCCUCAGUGGCCUGGGAUGUUAACCGCCUCCAGCCUUUGACGACGCUCCUGCGGGGCAGACAUUCUCCACCAGGACAACAGCACCCAUGGUGCUGGCAAGGGUCCAGCUGCACUAUCCCCCCUUGAUGGCUUUGGAAGAAGGGAGUCCUCCUCCACCGAAAACUAUAACUCCCCUCUGGCUAAAACCCACAUUUCUCUCUCUGCCUGAACACACUGCAAUUGUUAUACCACUUCUGUACCACUUUAACUCACGUGGCUGUGGCUUGGGCCUAUGGAUCCUGGGAUCUGUAGUUUGGGUAAGGACUUUGAAUUCUACUGUGCAUUCCUCUACAGAACAGAAUUCUGAAUCCAUCCCUCCAAAACUACAAAUCCCAGGAUUCCACAGGAGGGAGCCAUGUUGGUUCAAAGAGUAUUAAAGUGGUUUCGAAGUGCUAUAACUGUGCAAUCUGGACACUCCCCUGGGCACCUCCUUCCCCUUUAUAUGGUGCUUGCAACCAACUGGAAUAUGAUUUUGGAGAGGGUUGGUUAAGAAAAACAAUGUUUGCAAAGCAUUUAUGUAUUUCCGUUUGGUUCCCUGCGUACUCCAGGUUACAAAAAUAAUACUCAUCAUCAUAAUCUGGUUUAGUAACUCUACUGUAUGUGUGAAACAUGGCAUUAAGCCAGUAUGGAGUCAGUGCAAUUGAAACAUCAAGGCAGGUGUAUGUUUAUAUAUGUGUGUGUGUAUAACAUAUGUGUAUAUACUACUUAUAUAUGCAUAAACAUAUACAUAUACACACACAUAUAUACUUCUGUUUGGCAGCUCUGACCCCAUAUUCUCAAGGGUUCUGGGUUAUUCAGUGCUGAAGAAAAGGCAUAUAUAUCCAUAUAGAUAGA